GGCAUGAUUGCUGGCGCAGAGUGCAAGCGUGCAAGCAACGUGGGUUCGGCGCAGCAGGCGGCAAGGGCUGGUUCGGUGCAGCAGCAGGGGCGUAGGGGCAUGAUGGCUCGGGAUCUGGGCGCAGAGGAGAGGAUCUGGCGCACAGAGUGCAGGCGAUCUGGGUGCGCAGAGUGCAGGCGCGCAGAGGCACAGGCUGGGUGCGGGCCGCGGCACAGAGUGCAGGAUCAGGCGCGCAGAAGCCAGGGGUGUGGGAUUGGGCGCAGAGGAAGGCUGGGCGUAGGAGCCAGGCUGGUGCAAGGCUAGGCAGGGCUGGUUCGGGAGGGAGAAGAAAAAUGAAAAAAAUUCAUGGGGGAAGGGGAAAGUUCCUGAUGCCUUCCCCUUUUUUUUCUUCUUUUUUUUGUUCUUUUUUGUUUUUGGGUUUGGGUUAAACGGGUUUUGGGUUUGGGUUUUUUGGGUAAUUUUUGGUUUUGGGAUUUUGGGCUUGGGUAAUUGGGUUGGACUUAUAAAUUCAUUUUGAUGAA